UAUGAUUGAGGAGACGCUAGUUGUGAAACGUCGGGUCGGUUUGAGAGAUUUGGAUAGUUAUUUUCAUAUGAACAAUGCCAGAUAUCUAUGGUACUUGGACGCCUCUAGAGCAAUAUUCUUUAUCACUUCCGGCCUAAAUUUGGAAUUGUAUAAAUUCAACAAGAAUGGUUAUAUAGUGGCGGCAAGUUCCACAAUUCGUUAUAGAAGAUCUUUACAGUUGUUUGAAAAAUAUAGAAUAGUAUCAAGAAUAGCUUAUUUCGACGAAAAGAACGUUUAUAUGGAACAUAAAUUUAUAUCAGAGAAAGAUGAGUUUAUUAGUUCGAUUGCCUAUCUUAAGUUGGCGUUUGUUAAAGUAAAGCCAAUUGACGUGUUUAAAUCUUACCUUAAAGUAUCGGAGGACGAAUUACAGUUGGAAUGUCCAAAAGCUUUAAAAUCUUGGAUGGAAUUCCAAGAACAUUCCAGUCAAUCUUUAAAAAAGAGCAUUGAAUAA